UCACAGGCUCGAUUCCUCUGAGCUACGGAUAAAGUUUUUAUAAAUAGGAAUAUUCUUGGAAUGUAAAACAGAGUGGAGGAAAAGAUAGGGUUUUACUGCUCGCGCAAUGGGAGACGAGAGCGCUCCUUUGCUAUCGCAAUUCCGGGCGCGCAACGACGCUCCAGCAGCAGAGGAGCGCGCGUACGAGAAAUCGGAGCUCGUGCGCGUCGGUGAUGUCGAUCCUGGCGGCCAGGGCGAUGGCGAGCAGCCCAAUUUCUCGUGGCGCAAGCUGUGGAUCUUCAUGGGGCCGGGAUUCCUGAUGAGCAUUGCGUACCUGGACCCGGGAAACAUCGAGAGCGAUCUCCAGGUGGGCGCCCAGGCGGGCUACUACCUCCUCUGGCUCCUCCUCCUCGCCACCAUGGGCCUCUUGAUCCAGCUCCUGGCCGCACGCCUCGGCGUCGCCACUGGAUCCCAUCUCGCCGAGCUCUGCCGGGAAGAGUACCCGUCCAGCACCAAGAUCGUACUAUGGAUCAUGACCGAGGUCGCGAUCAUCGGGGCCGAUAUCCAGGAAGUGAUUGGCAGCGCUAUCGCGUUUAAGAUCUUGUCCCGGGGAUACAUCCACCUCUGGGCUGGAGUGCUCAUGACUGGGAUCUACGGCUUCUUGUUCCUCUUCCUCGAGAAUUUUGGCGUGCGCAAGCUCGAGGCCCUGUUUGCUGUCCUCAUCUUGAUCAUGGGACUGUCCUUCGCGGGAGUUUUUGGAGAAGCCCAGCCCAGCUCCAAUGCCAUCAUCUCCGGACUGGUGAUCCCCAGAGUCCCAGCAAACGCGAUCGACAAGGCCGUCGGGAUCGUCGGCUGCGUCAUCAUGCCCCACAACAUCUUCCUCCACUCGGCCCUCGUCCAGUCCCGGGCCAUCGACACGAGCAACAAGGUCCACGUCCGCGACGCUCUCCGCUACUACUCCAUCGAGUCCACCAUCGCCAUCGUCAUCUCCUUCCUCAUCAACGUCUUCAUCAUGUCCGUCUUCGCCAAGAGCUUCUACGGCAAGCCCGGCGCUCAACACAUCGGCCUCGCCAACGCUGGUGAGUACCUCCAGCAUGCCUACGGCGGCUCCAACUUCCCCAUCAAGUAUAUCUGGGCCGCGGGCCUCCUCGCGGCCGGGCAGAGCAGCACCAUGACCAGCACCUACACCGGACAGUUCGUCAUGGCCGGCUUCCUCAACCUGCGUAUCCGGAAGUGGAUCCGAGUCAUGGUAACUCGCAGCGUGGCCAUCGUUCCGACAAUCAUCGUCGCUCUAGCAUUCGACAGCUCCGACAACGAGCUCGACCAGCUCAACGAGUGGCUCAACGUUCUCCAGUCCAUCCAGCUUCCGUUUGCUCUCAUCCCGCUGCUAACUUUCGUUGACAACGAGCGGAUCAUGGGGUCGUUUAGAAUCGGUGGCCUCCUCAAGGCUGCCGCGGGUCUGAUUGCGCUACUCGUUGUCGUCAUCAACUUUUAUCUAUUAGCUGUGUUUCUGCUCCACAGUGCGAUCCGAUCCAUAUUGAUCCUGCUGCUCGUGGGAAUUCUCAUCUGUCUCUACGCGGCUUUUAUCGUCUACUUGGUAGCUCUCCCUUUCAUGAACAGUCGGAGCUGGGCCGCCUUGUCGUCGUCAUUCCACAAGAAUCGGCGUAAGGUUCAAGACAGCAGCCCAGAUUCGGAAGCCACUGACGCUUGAAACAUAUCUUUGACAACGGAUGGCCGGCUGGCUCGCCUCUAAAGAUCAAAGAUCACCUCUGUCAAACGCUAUAGCAGCACAGACCUUUUCUUCGCUUGGACGUUAUGAUAGUGGAGACGCUAGAAACCCCCUCCCUCUUUGUCUCUUGUACUUAUAAGCACUAUAGCCAAAGCGCAUGAAAGCAUUUACACUCGAAAACAGAAUACGGAAAGUGAAAAAACAAAAUUCAGUAGUA